AUGGAAGACCAACGGAAUGACGACAAAGGUACCAAUCAGCAGGAGUCGCUACCCGCUGUGAAUGGAGGAAUUCUCUUCAACGAAACGCCAAUUUCUGGAAACCUGAACCUCCGCGUUGGGAAGUUGUUCUACUCAGGUGUCGAUAUCACGAAGCGCGCUCAGGCCGGUGUUGGUGUUUUGGUGGAGCGCAACCUCGCAGAUAGAAUCACUGAAUGGAAGCCUGUCGAAGGAACGGUGGUAAUCCGUCAACUGAAGCUACAACAGGCUAAAGCGUUAACCAUGGUACAGGUCUAUGCGGCCAAUCUGGAAGGAGAAUAUGAUACCUUCCUUAACGAAGUGCGGAGAGCUAUGUCCAAAGUGCAGAAUACAGAGUCCCUCAUACUCAUUGGCGAUUUCAAUGCGCAUGCCGCAGUAGACGCUGAAAAGUGGAACGGCGUGAUUGCAAACAACGGCAAGAGACCACAGCAAUAA